UUUAUGUCAUGACAUUUCAAUUUUGUGCAGUUUUGCUGAUGGUCCAUUGUGUUUAGUGAUCGCUUCGUGCAUUUAAAUAUUGUUCAAUUUCCACUAUCUCCAGUCUUUUCCGAAAGCCAACUGUAUCGAAUCUGGUGAGCGCCAAACCCAGAACCCCCAAGGAAGGCCAAUCAAAGAUGGAUAACGUCGUUGCCCUGUACAAACAACUGCGGACCGAAUGGACCAAAAGCCCCGUCAACCUGAAGCUGUGUGGCUCGCUGCUGGAUAAAUUGAAGAUUGCGCUCGUUGAGUUGUCCUACUUGCCCACGGGAGUCAAUGCGGCAUCGCAGCAAGAACUGGUGAUUGCCCGGGACGUUCUUGAGAUUGGCGUUGAAUACAGUGUUGCCACUAAGAAUAUUCCUGCCUUCGAGAGAUAUAUUUCACAGCUCAAGUGCUACUACUACGAUUAUAAAAAUCAGUUGGGAGAAUCGAAGAACAAAUACCAACUGCUGGGCCUGAACCUGCUGUUCCUUUUAUCGCAGAAUCGCGUAGCCGAGUUCCACACUGAAUUAGAGCUACUUCCGGCUGACAUCAUCCAAUCUAACCAGUACAUUCGCCACCCGCUAGCUUUGGAGCAGUAUUUGAUGGAAGGUCGCUAUAACAAGAUCUUCCAAGCAAAGGGGAAUGCCCCGGCGGAGAGAUAUAACUUCUUCACCGAGAUUCUGCUGCAGACGGUUCGAGAUGAGAUCGGUGUCUGUCUGGAGAGUUCGUACGAGAGGGUUUCACUUCAGGAGGCUGCCAAACGGUUAAACCUCAAAUCGAAGGAUGAAGUCAAACAGUUUGGCGAGAAGAAGGCCUGGAAGCUUGGUGCGGACGGAUUCUAUCACUUUGCCGGCGAGCUGGUUAAGCCCAAGGACCCGAUGCCAUCGCAGGAGCUGGCAGAACAGGCAAUCUUCUAUGCGCGCGAACUUGAAAUGAUCGUUUGAGGGAUUUCUUUUCAAUCUUUUUUCCGUGUAAGCAUCGUUUGAGUUUCGCACUAACUUUUGUAUUGAUUAAAAUGAACCGAUAAUUUAAUAAAUAGAGAACGUGGAAAACGAGCAA